AUGGAGAAGGAGGAACUUGGCUCUAAGGAGGUGCCACUGAAAAAAUUUAUAAUGGAGAAGAAAGAAGUGACGAUGGAGAAUGAGGAGCUUGGCUCUAAGGAGGUGCCACUGAAAAAAGUUAAAACGGAGAAGAAAGAAGUGACGAUGGAGAAGGAGGAGCUUGAGAGUGAGGAAGAUGCAGUGCCACUGAAAAAAGUGAAGAAGGAUAAGAAGGAUGCUGUGCGACUGAAACCCGUGAAGAAGGAGAAGGAAGAUGGGAGACUGAAAAAAGUGAAGAAGGAGAAGAAAACAAUUGACAUCCCGCAGCUGAAAGAUGAGUCUAUUUUGACUCAAGAGUGGGAAGAUCAUCUGAAAUGGGAGAAGACUGAACAGUGUAGGCAAGUGUUGGAAGAACUUGCUGCCGGUGUAGAGGAGCCUACACGUACAAGGAAGCCUCAGUUGACAAAGACUCAAGUAUGUCUGUAG